AUGGAUAACGUCUACGAGGCGAUGACAUCAGCGACAGCGAUGAGGUGCGACGAGACCGAGGGAGGAGAAGAAGGAGGUGACUGGCGACCGAGGCCUUCCAGGGUCUGGAGAUUGAAGCUCUUCAGCAGCGUCCCGGCUGACCUGUGCUUGGCCGUUGAUUGCUGUACAACCGGAACGAACAAUCGGACGACUAUGCUGUUGCAGUCGAAUUCGGAUCUGCCGUCGACGGCUGAUGCCGUCACCUCAGUCGAUCUGUGCUGUGGUUCCGGUUCCAGUUCUGACUGUGCCGGAUCUGGAUCCAGAUCUGGUACCGCUUCCAGUCCCGGUCUGGACAUAGUCCGCCAUUCCAGACCUAGGUUCCGCAGCAGUUCGGUAGUGCUGUCUUUGUGCAACGAGAAGCGUUAUCAGCUUCGUCUUAAUUACGCAGUGCCGACGAGUCCCCCAUUUAAGAACUCUCCGUUGUUUUUCAAGGUGUCUGCAAAGAAACAGGCAAAACCAACCGAUAUAACAUGA